UGUAUGUAUAUUUAACAGAUUGCAAGAUCAAUCAUCAAUCGAAGUUGCUUUUCAACUGCAACAAUAAAUGAAGGUACAUUCUUAGAUUAAGUCAUGGCUUAUUUCAAUAAGGCUGCUGGACAUACAAAAAUAAGUCAAGAUAAAUUAGAGUAAGCAUUCUAUUUCAAGAUUUUAGCUUUUACAAGAGCACUGAUAUAGUGAUUAAAUUCAAUUUGCCAUUGGUGAGAGAUGAUGGAACAUACGUUUGCGUAAUUUAUUAAGAUAAAAUAUAUAGGUGCCUGCAUAUAGAGCUUAACAUAAGACUUAUAGAUUACCUACAAAAGGAGGAACAAGAUUAAGUCCACAUAUCAAUAUAGAGGAAGUAGAGGCAUUGUCAUUUUUAAUGACAUUAAAAAACUCAAUUUUGGAUUUACCAUAUGGUGGUGCUAAGGGUGGUAUUGGUAUCAACCCUCGUAAAUUUUCAAAGAGAGAAAUUGAGACUUUAAUGAGGAGAUACACUUUAGAAUUAGCAAAGAAGAAUUUCAUAGGUGCUGCUAUAGAUGUACCAGGACCAGAUCUUGGAGUAAUUGUAUUAAGUAAUUUCAGACAGGUGAAUAAGAAAUGAGUUGGAUGAAGGAUGCAUAUACUAAAUUUAAAGGACAUUAAGACAUUAAUUCUGUGGGAUGUGUGACUGGUAAAGCAAUCAAUUAAGGUGGAAUAUCAGGAAGAUAAGAAUCAACAGGAAUGGGAGUAAGUUAUUAAAAAUAAAAAUUAGAUAUUCUUUGCUACUAGAGAAAUAUUGAAUGAUGUGAAGUAUUGUCAAUCUGUAGGAAUUGAACCAAGUUUGAAAGGGAAAUCAAUAAUAAUUUAAGGAUAUGGAAAUGUAUAAUACAAAAAUUAAUAGUAAAGGUUGGUUCAUUUUGUGCUAAAUAUAUGUACGAUUAUGGAGCCACAAUAAUAGGAGUAGCAGAACAUGAUGGAUCAAUUUAUAAUCCAAAUGGAAUAAAUCCAUAUGAGUUGGCUGCUCAUAAGACUAAAACUGGAGGAGUUAAGGGAUUUGUUAAUGCAUCAAAGUAUUGGGAAGAUGAAUCAGCAAUAUAUUAAUAAUGUGACAUUUUCAUUCCAGCUGCUUUUGAGAAAACAGUUAAUGCUGGCAAUGCUGAUAAUUUUAAUUGUAAGAUUAUAGCUGAAGGUGCCAAUGGACCAACUACAAUGGCAGCAGAAGAUAAAUUGUUAUCAAAAGGAGUGAUAUUUUUACCAGAUAUUUUGCUUAAUGCUGGUGGUGUUACAGUUAGUUAUUUAGAAUGGUUAAAGAAUUUAAAACAUAUCAAUCCAGGAAGAAUGACAAGAAGAUGGGAAGAGUAAGCAAAACAUAGAAUUCUUGAAGUUAUUAAAAUGAGUACAGGUCUCAAUAUUAAUAUUAAGGACAGUAAGCUUGCAAAAAAGAUGUUGGAAGGUCCAUCUGAAGUAUUUUUAUUAUUUAAUUGACUAGACUGAUUUAGUUCAUACAGCUUUAGAGUAAUCAAUGAUAGAGGCAGUCAAUAAUAUUAUGGCUACUUCUAAAGAAUACAAAGUCAAUUUGAGAUUGGCAGCUUAUAUUAGUGCAAUAAAUAAAUUAAAUGAACAUUUUGAAAUGGCAGGAAUUGAAGCAUGAUU